UACACAUGCAACAGAUAGUGUCUUACUUGUUCUACGUUUCGUGUUACUGUUACGUCAACGAGAGUCCUUACCUUAGUCAUUUUAGCCUACGUCAGUCUGUUAUGGUUAUUAAAACAUGGCUCAGCAACUUCCAUUGUCUCUGUAACUUGUGCGACAACAAUUAGACGCCGUGACUCACUUGCAGGAGGGUUUCGGCAUUGUUGCCAUUCCUCGGACUGAACAGGCUUCUUUUUCUGGGACGCUCGUGUCAGAGCAGAGGGAGUGAUAAGCAAACAGGAACUUGUUUUACAGUGACAUACAUGAGACAGGCGGGCAACACGGUGUGACUGCUUUGUGUGUUGAUUCUCACAGGACUCUGAAUGGAGCCUACUAAUUUACAGAAAGCUAUUGCAGUGGCACAGAAGGCUUCACAGGAAGAUGAGGCUGGGAACUAUGAAGAGGCCAUCCUCUCCUACCAGCAUGCUGUCAAAUAUUUCCUCCAUAUUAUAAAACGUGAACCACAGGGUAAAGAUGGCAACCAGAAGCUCAGAGAUAAAUGCAAACAAUACCUGGACAGAGUGGAGGAACUACAAGAGUACCUAGACAAGAAAGAGAAAGCAAUUGAUCUUGCCAGCAAGGCAGCUCAGGAGGAUAAAGCUCAGAACUACGAGGAAGCUCUGCAUUUGUACCAAUCUGCAGUUCAAUACUUUCUCCAUGUGGUCAAAUAUGAAGCCCAGGGUGAGAAAGCAAAACAGAGCAUUCGGGCAAAAUGCAUCGAAUAUUUGGAAAGAGCAGAGAAGUUGAAGGAGUAUCUAAAGAAGAAAGAGAAAGGUCCUCCCGCUAAGCCUGUCAAAGAGUCACAGUCUGAUGACAAAGGGAAUGAAAGUGAUGAAGGAGAUGAUCCAGAGAAAAAGAAGUUCCAAAACCAACUCUCAGGUGCAAUUGUCAUGGAGAAACCAAACAUCAAGUGGAGUGAUGUCGCUGGUUUAGAGGGAGCCAAAGAGGCUCUCAAAGAAGCUGUUAUUCUUCCAAUCAAAUUCCCCCACCUUUUCACAGGGAAGAGAACACCAUGGAGGGGGAUCUUGCUAUUUGGACCUCCAGGUACAGGAAAAUCUUAUCUGGCCAAAGCUGUCGCCACAGAGGCAAACAACUCCACCUUCUUCUCCAUCUCCUCAUCUGACCUUGUCUCCAAAUGGCUGGGAGAAAGUGAGAAGUUGGUGAAGAACCUUUUUAGCCUCGCAAGGGAGCACAAGCCCUCUAUCAUCUUCAUUGAUGAGAUCGACUCCCUCUGUGGCUCCAGAAGUGAGAAUGAGAGUGAGGCUGCUCGACGUAUCAAGACAGAGUUCCUGGUUCAGAUGCAAGGUGUUGGGGUAGACAAUGAUGGAAUUCUAGUUCUUGGGGCAACAAACAUCCCAUGGACCCUUGACUCAGCCAUCAGGAGAAGAUUCGAGAAGAGGAUCUACAUCCCGCUGCCUGAAGAGCAUGCUCGCAGCUUCAUGUUCAAGCUCCACCUAGGCUCGACCCCCAACAGUCUCACAGAAUCUGACUUUGUCAGUCUGGGAAAGAGGACAGACGGGUACUCAGGAGCUGAUAUCAGUAUCGUUGUCAGAGAUGCUUUGAUGCAGCCUGUGCGAAAGGUCCAGUCAGCAACCCACUUCAAACGGGUACGAGGUCCAUCAAGGGGUGACCCCAACAUUAUUGUAGAUGACCUUUUGACUCCCUGCUCACCUGGAGAUCCCAACGCAAUGGAAAUGACAUGGAUGGAGGUCCCUGGGGAAAAGUUAAUGGAGCCUGUUGUAUGCACGUCUGACAUGAUGAGGUCUCUGGGCAACACAAAGCCAACGGUCAAUGAACAAGAUCUCGAGAAACUGAAAAAAUUCACAGACGACUUUGGACAGGAGGGUUAGGUGGGAUCGCUGAGCCAAACCAAACCAAAGCAAAGGAAUUCUGAUUGUCUCUCUUUUUUUUUUCUCUCUCUCUGUCUUAUUGUAAUCAUUCACCAGGCCUGAUGGUUUAUCAAACAUAGGCAAGAUUACUGCUCUGUUUUGCCAAUUUGAUAACCACACACGAGGUUGAGGACCUGUUUUAUUAGAUAUUUACCAUUGUCCAAAGACUGAAAGACUUUCCAUCAGCAGCUGACCUUUAAAAUAUCACUAUGAUAGAGGGAAUUAAGUUUGACGUAUGCACUAAAGACCAAAGGUUUGGAUGAGUAGAAUACCCAAGGGACGUACAGAAACUUAUGGCAGAAACACACAACAUUCAAUGCAAGUCAGAUAUUGGAAUUGAGAUAAUUUAAGAUGAGGAUUAGCUGUUGUGUCUUUCUCUUCCAGCCAGAAUAAGUCUUGCUCGGCAAGUAACAUAUCACUUAGAAAUUAUAGAAACAAGCAUUUUAUAAUGUAUACUGUUCUUUGUGGAAUGUUAAAAUUGGGCUGGAGAGGAGUGAAGCUGACUUCAUAGGAUCAGCAGGCAUGAAAUGUCAUUAAUGUCUUGAUGUGGAAGACAUUCAAAUUCUCAGGAUGAGAGCUGCAUCACAGGACCUGUGUAAAUUAGGGUUCUUCACUCAGUUUCUUUCUAAAUGACCAUUGUAUUUGUGGACUCAGUCGUUAGAAUUAAAAAUUGUCUUCAAGGGUUGAUCACCAAUGGUGCCAGACCAACAUAACUUUACAAGGACCCAAUAGCUUUGAAUACCAUUCUUUCUUAGCUCACAGUUUUCUUCUGCAAUCUACUUUUCAUAUACUUUUUGUUACUAUCCCAAGGCUUUGCUGAUUAAUACUUAAUAUACAAACUGCAAAAAACUAAGCCUUAUAUAAAGAUAAAGUCACAUUGCAAAGUUUAUGAAAACAAAACUGAGGUGUUGAAGUGGGAAUACUGUUGGCUCAUGUAAAGGGAUCAUCUUCUUGUAUACUUCUACUACAUAGGAAUGCAUCUCCAAGCAUGAGCUAUAUAUGUAGCCAUAAGUGGCAGUGUGCAUCAUGUGCCUUCUAGAAAAGCUUGCAAGAUUCUUUUUAUGUGCUUAUUUCUAAAUCGAUUAUACUGCAUAUGUAACCAGUGCUUUGUCACUACACCUAAGUCAUGUAUAAUACUUGCACAUUUCAUGUAAGCUCUCAAAGAGACUGUAUACAGCUGUACUCUUCUAUUCAUAAGGUGUGAAAACUGUCCAAGUUUUGUUGGGGAAGAUUUUUUUUCUUUUCUGUAAAUGUCUUUACAUAUACACAACAGCAUUUUAUUUUGUGUAAAAGGUCGCCCAGUCAUACGAUUCUGUUUUCCAUUUCUGUAAUGUAAAUAAAAGUUGUAGCUACAUAAUAAAAA